GAGCAUAGCACAGCUCUUUAUAUAAAUACAAUAAGGAGCCACAAUCACAAUACAGUUUCAAUCCCUCUUUUUCUUCUUCUUCCAAAUCUAAGUUCACAUCUCCAUCAAUCUAACCAAAUUUCCACAAAAUAACUGCCUACUAACAACUCAAAAAUUUCCACAGCUCGGAUUUUCACUCAACAAUGGCAGUGACACUCAAAAAAUUUCCUACAAUAUUUGUGGCAUUUUUGUUUGUCUCCGCCGCCAUUGCUUCUCUCCCGCCUCCACCAACAGACCCUUUCUUAUAUGCACCGCGUCAAGCCAUGUUUCCUUGGACAACAAACCCUAACAGGAACCUUAAGAAAUCUACUCCAAAGUCGGUGAUUGGUUUGUCGAUAUUUGCGGGACUUGCACUUUUUGCAAUAUGCCUGGGAGUGGUCUAUUGUGUGUGUUUUAAAUCUUCUUCACCACCACUUGCUGCUACUGAUAUUGAUGCUGAUGGGACAGCGGUUGGAGUUCCAGUGCCAAUGCAAAGACUCAGAUCCAGAUCAGAUCAAUCGAGUAAUGAAGUUUAAUUGUAAUAUUUAUAGACGUUUUACUAUUGUUAUAAGUAUAUUUUAGGAUUUUCUAAGUUUUUUUAUUAUCAGCUUGUACCAAAUAUUAAUGGAAAUUAAGUAUU